AUGCCCCUCUUUUUCGGACCUAUCCGCCAUUGGCAGUUCUGCCAUUGGCGGUUCUGCCAUGGCAACACCCUCAUCAAACUCCUGCACUUUUUCCAUGCCUUGGGGCACACUUGUGCCAAUAUGUCCUUCUCCGUUCUCGUCCAGCCACUUCACUGCAGAAAUACACCCGUCAUCCACAAAUAA